CUGGAAAUUACUCCUCAAAGUUGUCUGGACUAUCUCAAAAGAGGUUUCAAAUCAGACGGUUAUUAUACCAUUUAUGACUUCAAGACCGACGACCGUAUUACAGUUUACUGUGAUAUGACUUCAGAAGCUGGUUCAGCCUGGACUUUAGUGAUGUCCUACGCCUUCAAGAACAGACAUAUGGAUCAGAUCGCCAGGAAAUCAAUGCAACAAGACACUCCUGUGAACGAGCACUCACCUAACUGGAACCUCUACCGCAUGAGUCUCUCUCAAAUGACUCAUCUCAAGUCUCAGUCAACCCACUGGAGAUCAACCUGCACCUUUCCAACUUACAAAGUUGACUACACUGAUUACGUCAGAGCAAAGUUUACAGACUUUGAUAUUAUGACAUUUCUGGGCCGCGGUAUUUGCAAGAAAGUUGAAUAUGUAAAUAUUCGUGGUCAUCAAUGUGCACAAUGUACAUCAAAAUGGUGGCACGGAAACAAUGUUUACUCCCCCCACAUUGAUAGCCCUUCCAAUGGCUGUCAGUUUGUUCCCACUCAAGGUUCUGCUUCGAGCGAGAAUAACUUUGGUUUCUAUAUCCAGGGAGUCGUCAACAAAAAAUUUCGUUGCAGUGCUGGGCCCCUUUCUACAACCAACUGGUGGUUUGGUGGAUACUUAUAA